GCCAAAGACGAAGCGUACAUUCAUUGGAAGGGCUACGAUCGCCGACUCGACUCGUGGGUUUCGUGGGACAACGUCAAGAAGUUUUCUCUCGAGAACCUGACAAAGGGCUACGACCCUGCGGACAUCGACAGCGACGGGCACGGCGACGUCGACAAGUUUUACAUUAAGCAACACCAGGCGAACACGAAGUUCCGGACGAUCAGCUUCGUGCGGCUGGGUCAGUACGAAAUCAGCACCUGGUACUUUAGCCCGUAUCCGCGUGAGGUGCAGAAUAUCAAGACUUUGCUGCUCUGCGAAUUUUGUCUCAGUUUUUUCAAGCACGAGGUGGAGUACGAGCGGCACGCUUCGCGCUGCGUCGCGCGGCACCCGCCAGGUAACGAGAUCUAUCGCAACGAAACCAACUCAGUCUGGGAAGUCGACGGCGGCAUUUGCAAAAUCUACUGCGAGAAUCUGUGCUUUCUCUCAAAGCUGUUUCUGGACCACAAGACGCUGAAGCACUGCGUUUCGCUGUUCAUGUUCUACAUCUUGACUGACAUUUGCGAGGAUGGCUUUCGCAUCGUCGGCUAUUUCUCAAAGGAGAAGUACAGCAGAAACAACCUCAGCUGCAUCCUCGUGUUGCCGCACUGCCAGCGACGCGGAUUUGGCAAGUUCUUAAUCAGUUUUUCGUAUGCGCUCACGCUGAUGCAGGAGAUCCGCGGCACGCCCGAGCGCCCGCUGAGCGACCUGGGCCGCGUCAGCUACUACAAUUUCUGGAAACAGUGCAUUUUGCACGUACUCAAAGACGAGUCGGAGUUCACGAUCAACGAGCUCGCCAACGAGCUCGCGGCUAUGUUCACCUAUCAGCGCUCGCUGCAGGAGCUCGUAGACAACCGUACCAUUAGCUGGAUUUUUGUCGGCGGGAAGGGCGGAGUCGGAAAGACGACCACCAGCUGCUCGCUAGCUGUAAAGCUCGCGAAGAACCGCGAAAGCGUUCUGCUCGUCUCGACCGACCCCGCGCACAACGUCUCCGAUGCGUUCGGCCAGAAGUUCAGCAACAAACCCGAGCUGGUUAAGGGCUUCGCGAACCUGUACGCCAUGGAGACGGAUCCCAACCAGUAUCGCGACGCGGGCUUCAGCCUCGAGAACGAGGGCGGCAAAGGCUUCGCGAGCAUGCUCCCCGAGCUAAUCUCCGCGUUCCCGGGCAUUGACGAAGCCGUCAGCUUCGGCAAACUCAUGAACUUCAUCCGCUCGCUGAGUUUCACGACCAUUGUGUUCGACACAGCUCCUACCGGGCACACGCUGCGACUGCUUUCGUUCCCGAGUCUGCUCGAGAAAGCGUUUCAGUCGCUCGGCGGCGGCGAGCUGUCGUCCGCGUUCGAGAUGUUCAGUUCGCUUACUGGCGCGAAAGGCAGUGAGGGUUUUCUCGACGAGCUGCGCUCGAACACCAAGCUCGUUGUCGAGAUGUUCUCUGACCCGACGAAGACCACUUUCGUGUGCGUUUGCAUCCCCGAGUUUCUGAGCGUCUACGAGACGGAGCGCUUGAUUCUCGAGCUAACGGCGCGUGAGAUUGACGCUAGCUACAUCGUUGUCAACCGCGUGCUUUUCCCGCUGUCCGGCGUCGCGUGCCGCAUGCAGAGCAAGUACCUCGAACAGAUAGACUUGCUUUACAAAGAUGACUUCCACGUUGUCGCGAUGCCGAUGAUGAACGACGAGGUGCGCGGCGUCGCUGACCUCGAGACUUUCGGAGACUUGCUGUUGGUCGAGCGAGAGCUUCCGAUUUUGGAAGUGUAA